AUGCCGCCCAGAGAUUUGGAGAAAGUCGCCCUCCGAACUAUCAGGCCGUCAGUGGCGGAUAGCAGUAGUGCUUCCGCCAGUAACCCCAGCCAGUCGACACCCGAAUCCACAAGCCCCGACCGUCGCCUUAAGCGCCAAACCGAUAAGGGGCGAGAUCCGGGUCCCUUGAUCUCCAGGCGACGACGAGUGCCUGUAUCCAUCACACGGAACGCCUGUGUAAACUGCAAGAAGGCCAGAGCAAAGUGCGAUGGGAAUACACCUUGUUCGCGCUGCACGACGCGAGCAGAGACGUCACCUUGCGUCUACGAGGUUCAUAUCAAGCGCGCUAAGGAGGAGUUGAUGAAACAGAUCCGCGAGCUUCGCACUAAGAAUCGGCUGAGCGAACGCAUCUUUAGGACGCUGCAGUCCAGAGAAAAGGCGCCCAACAUCCUUCGCGCUCUAAGCAAUGGCGAGAGCAUCGAGAGCAUCGCCGAAAGCCUGGGUCGCACGGGGAUAGACGAACAGGAAGGGGUUUCGCCCAUUGGAUCCCCCUCAUCCGUCGUUACAGGCUCAGAAUAUGAACUUGGCUCCCAAAUCGGGUCGGGGUUUUCGUGGACGACAGUGUCCCACGACUCGGCCACGUUCGACCAUCUCUUCCAACUAUACUUCGCCUGGGUGCAUCCCGUAUCAACACUCUUCAGCGAAGGCCACUUUGUCGACUCGUACAAGUUCAAGGGACAGAGCCAGAGGCACUGUUCAUCUCCGCUCGUCAACGCCAUGUGCGUCCUGGCGUGCCGUUAUCACACCCAAUCCAAAGACAGCGAGUUAGACUCUGACCAGCUCGGUGUGCACUUUGCUGAUGCAUUCCUUGCUGGUUUCGAGCCUGACGAUAAGUCGAUCACAACUAUACAAGCCGCAGCGGUUAUGUUCUUGGUGGAGCUUGGCAGGGGGUUCGGACUGCGCGCAUCGUCAUAUCUCAGGCUUGCCACCGAAAGCAUUGCUGAGCUCUCAGCUAGCUCCAAUGAUGAGCUGCCAUAUGUACUCAAGAAGACCAUCCAAGGCAUACGCUGUCUAAACGUGUUAGUGCCUUUUUUUUUUCCUUGA